AUGCUCUCGAGUUCGAGCUCUACGGGGGCAAGGAUCUGCUACAUCACAGUGCCCAGCAAGGAGGUGGCAGACAAGCUCUCGCAAAGCCUGGUCGAGUCCCAGCUAGCUGCGUGUGUCAACAUCAUCCCGGGGAUCGAGAGCAAGUUUCUGUGGCAAGGAAAGAUCGAGACUGAGAAAGAGCUCCUGCUCAUGGUCAAGACUCGUGACACCCUCACCGAUCAGGUUGCUCAGCACGUCAAGAAACAUCAUCCCUACGAUACCCCGGAGUUCAUCUGCACCGACGUGGUCGCCGGACUCCCCGACUACCUCAAGUGGGUCAAGGAUUCCACGAAAUCGCCCUAG